GCGGAUUCAAAAAGUGGGCAUUUGACAAGUGGCAAACUGAGCAAGAUCUCGAGUUUCGAACAAGCUGUUCCCAAGCCCAUUGCUCUCCUUUACCCAUGACUAUUGGCAAAGGACCAGACGAUUCAGCUGCAGACCGCUAGCCGACCUGCAUCCGCCUAACCGGAUGCCUAGAUUUGGGCUUCGCGAGCUGAGAAGAGCCCAGACAACCGUCAGAUCGGCCUCAUCGUCUUCCAACCAUGUCCUUCUGCUGACCCCAUCUACGCAACGAGCACCUUCAACGUGCGCCCCCAGCAUCGUGGGCACGCAUUUCGCGCCUCAAAAUCGUCCUUGUUUACGCAUUAGUCGGUUUACAACAUCUACAUCGCUCAAUAGCAGCGAUGCGGCUAGAAAGCCAGCCCAGGCGGCCAUGGUCAGCAGUGAGACUCCGGCCAGAGGUACCCCUCCCCCUCUAGGUAGAAUCGGAAUAGUCUUCACCGAUAUUGUCAAAUCGACAAACAUAUGGGAGAAAGACACAAACGCCAUGAUCGAGGCCAUGAAACUGCACGAUGACAUGAUCAGAGGCCUCACUGUCGCCAACGAAGGCUACGAGGUCAAGCAAAAUGGCGACGGCUUCAUGAUCGCCUUCGCCACCGCGACUUCUGCGGUGCAAUUCUGCCUAGACGUGCAAGAAAAGCUGCUAGACGAGCACUGGCCGAAGGAGAUCCUCAAGCUGCCACCCGGCCAGGAAACCAAGGACCCUGAAGGCCACGUCCUGUUCCGCGGCUUGCAGUUGAGGAUGAGUGCCCACUGGGGCGAGCCCGUGAGCAAGUGGAACGAGGUCAUCCAGCGCAUGGAUUAUCUCGGCCCGGUGGUCAAUCGGGCCGCUCGAUUCAUUCAGGUCACAGAGGGCGGCCAGAUCGUGGUAUCCGAAGAAUUUCUGCUCCAGCUGCAGAGCGAGUUGGAAAUGGCCAAGCAGCAGAACGAGGCACAGGAGCCGGUCCAGGCAGCUGACGAGGAGGGCAACCAUCACUCCCAUGCAACAAACACGCCGGCAGUCUCUCUGGACCUUCGCAGUCUGCGUAGCCGGCGAGACCAAAAAAACCUCACGCACCAGCAAUUCGAGAUCCGGCCGCUGGGGGACUACGAGUUCCAGGGCCUGGAUGACCCUCACAAGCUCUAUUUCAUUGUUCCCUGCUCGCUUGAAGGGCGGGUGGACCACUGGCAUCAGGUCGCGCAUGUGACGGGGGUGAAAGGCAAUGUUCGCUCACCAUAAAACCGAGGGUCGACAUGUCCAUCCAGACCGACCGUGAGAGAGGAAAGAGUUUAGUAUAACAAUCAAAGAAGCUUUAUCAGUCCUGCUAGGCUUUCUUCCCUUGUCGAGGAGGAACCUGAGGGCGAGAGAGAGCAGGAUGAGAACGCUGCUGUCCAAUGUUCGGCGGUCAGCUUGUACAAACAAGAGAGUGAAAGGGGAGACAGUAUAUCAGUGUAUUUUUGCCCUGUUUCACCGUGUACAAUAUGAAGCCAUGUGAUGAAUUCAACUGGCGGCAUCGGGGUAGUGCGAUUGCAAUACAUUGAAAUGGACAGAAACCAACGCGGAUAAAGGUGCUUUGACGAUCUGCAUUGAUUGCUCCCGGA